ACAGCUUUCUCGGUAUCCAUCCAUCCUUCUUUUGAGCUGUAUAUGAUGCAGCAGUAAUGAUCCCGGUCCAGCGCGUUAAAGCUCAGCCUCAGCUGUGGCACGUGAGCGCCGAAGCUCCUCCGUGGCUAUGGAUGGUCCCGAACUCCUCCGGACUGUGUCGGGCGGCUCCUCCCGUGCUCAUCUCCUCUCGCCCUCCUCCGGUGAUUCAGACGGUCUCGGGAUGGCAGAUGUCCUGCGAUCCGUUUGUGCCCGUGAUGCGCGCGGCCGCCGCGGAACCCGCGACCAUCAGUCAGUUCAGUCUGCCCAGUGUUCAGUGGGAGAUCCCGUCCAGGCCUCAUGUGUUGGGUUUCCAACCUUCUGCAAGUGUGGAUCUACUUCCAGUGUUUCCUCAUGUAUACCGGACGGUCCUGCCUCCACAUUACGGCAAGGGCUGGGUGGAAAAACGUGUGCCUGACUACAAGUUUUAUCUAAACAACACUUUAGCUCUUGAGACCACCUGGAUCAGUCCGGAGGAAAUGGGAAUUUUCCAGCAUCAGGAAAAGCCACUGCUGCGGACAAAUCAAACAGCGUUGAGCAUAUGUAGGCCAGCUGCAGCGUCCAGGAAUAUCCACACUCUACUUUUGACACCCAGGCGCGUUUCAGGUUGUCCCAUGGCCAUUAAGCGAGUAGGAAGUUCUAAACGGAUCGCUCUGGCAGCAGCAGCCAUGAUGGCGAUGGAUUCUGACGUGACACAGGGACCAUCUGUCUCUUCUGCUCACCCUCUCCACCUGCUCUCGCUCUCACCCCUCAAUCUUCCCUUUCUAACGGCACCUCACACAG